AUGUCAAUGCUGGGUUUUAGCUGCACCAUCCUCAUCACGUGGGAAGGCAUUGUCGUACUAUUCUUGCAGGCGUUUCAAAAGUAUGGAGUCAACCCCGCUAUCCAUUUGUUCCGUGAAAUGUUAAUAGAAGUGGUUCCAGUGGAGGUCCAGCAGGAGCCGUUUUUAUCAGAGCUGGCAUCAAUGGCUCCAACAUCCGGCGGCCAGUAUCAUUGGUGUUCUAUGCUGGCACCUCCGUCCGCAAUGAAGCUCUUCAGCUACCUAACAGGCUGGCUCACUGUCAUCGGAUGGCAAGCAACGUUUGCAACAUCGUGCUUUCUUUCUGGAACCCUCAUACAAGGUCUUAUCGUCCUCACAAACUCUAGUUAUGAGCCUAAGAAUUGGCAUGGGACUCUCCUUUUUUGGGCCGUCGCUGUUUUCUCCGUGGGUAUUAACAGUGUGGGAGGAAACCUGCUGCCCCGUUUCGAGGGCCUGAUUCUUAUCCUCCAUAUUCUCGGCUUUUUCGCCAUUCUUAUCCCGUUGACAUAUAUGGCGGAUCACUCGAGUGCGCAGGAGGUCUUCACCCACUUCCUGAACCUGGGCGAAUGGCCCACACAGGGCUUGUCAUUUUUCAUCGGUCUAGUUGGUUGCGUGUUUGCAUUCGCAGGUGGUGACGCUGCUGUUCAUAUGUCCGAAGAAAUCACCAACGCCCCGGUUGCUGUCCCACGCUCCAUCAUGCUUAGUGUUCUCAUCAACGGAACAUUAGGUUUCAGUAUGUUGAUCGCCAUGUUGUUCUGCCUGGGAGAUAUCGAGGCAGCCCUGGUAUCUCCUACUGGUUAUCCAUUCAUGGCGAUUUUCCUCCAAGCAACGCACUCUGUGGCUGGCACAGCAACAAUGGGCGCUAUCAUUACGACUAUGGGAAUAUGCACAUCGGUCGGCAUGUUGGCCUCAACAUCACGGCAAUUCUGGUCUUUUGCGAGAGACCGCGGAAUUCCUGGCUGGCGCUUAUGGAGCAGGGUGACCCCCGAAUCCGCCAUCCCAAUCUACUCCGUCGGCCUCACCACAAUCGUCGCCUGCCUACUAGCCCUAAUCAACAUCGGCUCCUCAGUCGCCUUUAACGACCUCGUCUCCAUGUCCAUCUCCGGUCUCUACCUCUCCUACAUGAUCGUCGCCAGUCUCCUCCUAUACCGACGCUGUACAGGCGGCAUCGGCAGCUCCAAAAGCAGCGACGACGCCAUCGUCAACACGGCCGGCGCAAAGCUCGUCUGGGGCCCCUUCCAUCUACCCGGGAUCUGGGGUAUCCUGGUCAAUACCUUUGCGCUUAUCUAUAUGACGAUCGCUGUCUUCUUUAGCUUCUGGCCACCGCAGCAUACGGUCACGGUUGAUACGAUGAAUUUUAGUGUAGUUGGUACCGUGGGGGUUAUUAUUUUGAGUCUUGUGUAUUAUGUGCUAAGGGCGAGGAAUGUAUAUGAGGGACCUAUUGUUGAGAUACAAAUUUGA